AUGCGGAUGAAAGGGUUGGCCUGCCCGUGCCCUGCCCUACCCAACUUCUUGGAGCUGGGGGCCUGCUUAAUGGCUGAGGGUUCCCGGACUCAGGCGGCAGGUCAAGGGCCUCCUGUCAACAUCCAGCUCCUUCGCGCCCAGUAUGAAGGUCUGAGGAGACAGCAGAGGACCCAUGCCCACCUGAUGGUGUUCCCUAAAGACGGGACCAUGCUUACUCCAGCUGAAUCGAUGACCGGUGUUGUUUGGAUUAACAAGAACAGAAAGAGCUCAUUGUCCCUGGAAGACACUGACUCUGAGGUUGAGGGGACAUUGGAGGAAGUAGACAGAAGCUGCCUUCAGGCUCCUGAGACUCCAUGGCACACAUACUUAGAGAUGCAUCGCUUGGUUCAAACCCUUGGUUCCCACCAAGGGAACCCCAAGGGCUAUCUCACAGAGUCAGAAUCCAGGCUCUCUCCAGAGGGAGACCCUAAUAUGAUGGAAAACAAUCAGAAGACUCAACAAGAAACCAACAUCUUGGAGACAGCCCAGCGUCAAAGUCAGGAGGGUGGUAUCCCACUCCAGGCAGCAGGCUCCAGUUUACAAGCCGGUGUUCAGCAUCUUCCUUCCACAAAGAGCCUACACAGGUCUGGAAAAGCAUCUCACUAUCCAUUUCCCCAGAGGAAACUUCCCAGGAUCUCCCAAGCUGCCCGGAAUCUGGGCUUAUAUGGCCCACCCUGAGGCUUUCCACUCUGCCCCGUGUCUCAUCUUUGUGGCCACUAAUCAACUCAUCUAGGAACAAACUAGACAGAGCCUUGAACAAUAAGAAACAAUUGGACCACCCCAAUUGUAGGAAUCAUGGGAAAUGAACUUCUUAAUGGGAAAUGGUCUCUUCCGUUAACAAUCAGGAGAAUACCCAUCAGACUGCUUACAUUAAGGCAAACAUGCUCUCUUUCCCCCACAGUCUGAUUUUAGUCAUAUAGAAAAACAUCCCCAGUAGUUCUGGAUGCUUUUCCAUG